ACAAACAACGGCGGAGGUUCGAGCAUCCGACCGACAGCGGCAGCUAAUUCCUUCGGCGGCGGGGGUUCCAACAAGGGGUGCGCAGGCGGGCCGAUGGCCACCCAGACGCCGGGGGUGUACCGCGGUCAGUGGGGGAACGUCGGAGCCGGGCAUCAGCAUCCAGCGGCGGCGGCGGGCCACACUUACUACCAUCGGUACGCGCCUCAGCAGCAGCCGCCCCCGCAUCCCCAAACGGCCGUCUCGCCGGCACAAAAUUCCUACACGCCCAGCAGUACGACGAGCAGCACCAACUAUAAUUCGAAUUCGUACGCUAAUCAAAGAGUGCCAACAGCCGCGUCUCCGUCAAAUGCUAGUAGCUCAAGUAGUCACAACGGAAGCCAGAACGGCAACAUUUCCUCCUCUCACAGCAACAACAUGCCCAACAACACGAAUUCCUCAUGUAACAAUUCCACCGCUGGAUCGGAACAACUUUCCAAAACAAACCUCUACAUCCGGGGGCUCAGUCCGGGCACUACAGAUAAGGAUUUAGUCGCGAUGUGCCAGCAGUUAUGGAUUUGUAGAUUUCGAAAGCCCUGCAGCAGCCGAAGGCGCAGUCAAGGCUCUCACUGCAAAAAAUGUUCAGGCUCAAAUGGCGAAAGUGGGUAUUUGGUAUCACCAACGUAGACAAGCCACUCAACAGGAGCAAGAUCCGACAAAUUUAUAUAUAGCUAAUCUUCCGCCAACUUUCAAAGAAUCUGAUCUGGACAGCAUGUUAUCUAAAUUUGGACAGGUAAUAUCUACCCGUAUUCUGCGAGAUGCGUCAGGAAUUUCCAAAGGCGUCGGUUUCGCGAGAAUGGAAAGUAAAGAGAAAUGCGAAUACAUAAUUCAAAAAUUCAAUGGUCACCUUCUGAAUACCAGCAAGGAUCCUCUCUUGGUUAAAUUCGCCGACGGCGGCAACAAGAAGAAGAACAUGUACAAAAAUAACGACAACAGCAAAAUGUGGAGGGACAACGCUGAAGGAUUAGCUGCGGUCGCUUACGAUCCGGCCGCUUUGGCGCAAAACGGAGUUGCUGGACAACAUCUGCUGCCCGCUUUGGCCAACUACAGGCCCUACAACCAGUUUCCUUCGUAUGCUGGGCAGUGGCCCCUGCAGUACGUGAUGGCUCCUCCACUCCAAACGGUAGACGAGAGUUACAAUUUGACGGGACACAUGGCUGCUCAGUACAAGAACGACGGUCAGCCUCCCAGAGGUAUCCCUCUGAUGAUACCGUCUUCGGACACGACUGUUCCUUAUGCAAACAUCAUACCUCAGAUAACCGCUCAGAUGGGCGGAAUGCAAAUUGGCACAGGGUCUUACAUUUCGCCCCCUUACCAAUACUUUCAUCCGUCAAUCCUGCACGCUGUUCCCGUCGAUUCGGAGCACACAUCAAACGCAGCCAGCCCCGAAGAUCCAUACCAAACGUAUCAGCCGCCACAAAAGUAAUCCCUUGGCUGGGUUAAUGGACAGAAAGAACGUGGAAUGCCCCGAUCGAAAGUUGCCCCACGAGAGGUUAUUUUUUAAUUUAUAGAUUAAAGUGUUUGUAGAUUAUAGAUAGCUAUUUAUGAAUUUUGGGAACGCUCCAGCAAUUUUUGGGAUGGGCAAGUCCGGAAAACUAAGGCGGUUGUACGAGUUGGUUUUUGUAGCCGCUCUGACUUGUUUUUUUUUGGGGAUUUUUCUCUUUCAUAACUUAUUGUUACAUUAUGAAAAAAGGACUGACCUAUGUGUAAAGUAGAUAUUUUUGAUACAGUAUGUUCCAAGCCCGACAACUGAAUUGUAUUGAAAAUAUGUCUUCUGGAACAACUCGAUAUCUGUGUAAGAAACGACUGGUAUUUGUUGGGGUGAUGCGAGGCAGUUGGUUGGACUGUUUUUCCUCCAUCGUGCGCACGUUUGUAUAUAGAUAUUUGAAAAACUUUCUUACAUAGAUAAAUUUACCAACAUUAUUAGGAAAAGCUUAGGGUAGGACUCGUAGGUUUACGGAAUGUAAAAAAAAAACGUUGAAAAACGACUUUUCUACAAACAGCAGUAAAAUGGUGUAAUGAUCUUCCCAAGCCGUAGAGGCAUAGAAUAGAUAAAUUAGUAUUUUAUUUUUUGAUGAAGAUCUACAUAGGACUAUAGGUAGUUGUUUAAAACACUACGUAAGAUACGCGAUUAAAACUGCUCAUAAUCAAAUGAAUUCUUCCUAAUGAACAUCUGAGAAAUUUUACUUCCACUAUGAAAAUUCGUCUUGACUAACUAUUAUUUAUUUACGAGUUUCGUGACAAUUUAUUUCGACGUUCACACCUCAAUUUUUUUUCUAGGAACUCUUGAUAUUCUUCGGUCGAUACAAAAAGUAUUGACUAUUCGAUUUUUGUCACAAUUUUUUUAACUGACAUGUGGGAC